GGCACUAAAGACGCGCCCGUGGACGGUGUUGACGGGCGCCCACACGAGGGCCCAUUUGUCGAGUCCGAAAACUUACGCUCUUCGACCGGCGACCUUAAGAAGGACCUGCCACCGCUUGAGGGCCGGCCCAGGGAUCCCAACGUCAUCGACGGCGUCAGGAUCCCCGAGACCAAUGAUGGCGUUAUGAACGACCCAAACAGGGCAGAGCCCAAGGAGGGGACGACGGGCACGUCAGGCGGCGUCAGCGAGAAGGACCAGGUGCGCAAGGCCAAGGAGGGUGCGACAGGCGAGAAGACGGAGAACAAACCCGAGCCGCCCAAGGAGGCUCCUCCUUUACCGCAUAGCGAGCAGGAGAAGAUCACGAGCAUGGAUGACUCCAAGAAGGACAAGAGCAAGUCUGACGCCAAGACCAGCAAUGAUGCGUCUGGGCUCGAGAAACCCGUCGACCUCCCCGAGAAGACAUACGAACAGACCAUCCCAGUCCCUAACUCGGCGAACAAGAACCACCUCGACGUAUCCUCGGGCAAGUCGUCCAGCAAAACGAGCAAGCUUGCGUCUGAAGACCCUGACGGGAUCAUUCAGCCUUUCCACUCCUUCAUAUUAUCGAUGGCCAUGAUCCUCUUUUCCGAGAUAGGCGACAAGACCUUCCUUGUCGCGGCCCUCAUGGCCAUGAAGCACGAUCGCGUGGUUGUCUUCACGGCUGCCUUUGGUGCCCUGAUCACCAUGACCGUCCUAUCGGCGGUGCUGGGCCACGCCGUGCCUACGCUCAUCCCCAAGAAAGUCACCAACUUCCUGGCGUCGGCGCUCUUCCUCGUCUUUGGGGCACGCAUGCUCAAGGAGGGGUUGGCGAUGAGCCCCGACGAGGGCGUGUCUGCCGAGAUGGCCGAGGUAGAGAUGGAACUGGAAGAGAAGGAGAACGCGGCGCGCAAGGCUGGGCGGCGGCGGUCGUCCAUUAGCCCCUAUGCGCUCGAGAUGGGCUUGAACAGGACGCACACGCGCAAGUCGCGAUCGCAGUCCCGGUUCCCGACCCCGCCGCGCAGCCCGUCCGCGUCACCGGAGCGCAGCCCGAGCCCCAGGCGCGGCCCGUUCGGGUCGCUCUUCGACGGGGCGAGCAACCUAUUCUCGCUGCUCCUGAGCCCGGCGUGGGUGCAGACCUUUGUCAUGACGUUCCUGGGCGAGUGGGGCGACCGCAGCCAGAUCGCCACGAUUGCGAUGGCUGCAGGCCAGGACUACUGGUGGGUGACGCUGGGAGCCGUAUUGGGCCAUGCCUGCUGCACGGGUGUCGCCGUACUCGGAGGGCGGGCCAUUGCUGGGCGUGUGUCGCUUAGAGUUGUGACCAUCGGCGGAGCAGUGGCCUUUCUCGUGUUUGGCGUCAUCUAUCUCAUCGAGGCGAUGUUG